UACAUCUCUGUCUUUCUGCUGCAUUCGUGGAGUGCAGUAAAUCCUUGCAUUUGUUUUAUCUCUAGCGAGAACUACUGCAACGGCCUUAGGCAAUGUUUUCAUUGUAAUUGCUUAAUAUCAGGUUUGCAAGACUACCAAAUGCAAACGAUGAAAUGCUCCUACGUAGACAGCUCCCUUCAGACCCAUUCAAGUAGCGUACACAUUACCGUAGUUAUUCGGUUAUAAGGCGCACUCGGCUAUAAGACGCACCCCCAAUUCGGCAACUUCAUUAUUGCAUGUUUUCAAACUGAGAAAAUUGCUAAAAUACUUGGUUAUAAGGCGCACCGUUGUUUGGGGAGUAAAGAUCGGUCAAGUUUAUUGUAAAUUCUUUCAUAAACUUACAAAAAAGCGAAAAAGUCGCGUAUUGAUUUUAGUUUACCGUUAAUCAACAAAAGCAGAAUUGUCGCACACGCGACCACGCACACAAACAAAAGCCUUGAUUAAACAAGAUGUACCGCCGAGAAUGCAGGUCUCAGUGCACUAAAAAGGCUGAAAGGAUGAAGAAGGUAUUUACCUCUUCGCUUGUUUAUUUUCGUUUCGUUUUGUGACGUAUCAAAUUACUAAGCACGUGCUCUCGAGCACGUAUCACAUCUAUGCAAAUUUGACUUCGCUUGUCUUUUCAGAACCACCAUACUCAUAAAAGUCAAUGUGUGUGUGUCAUUUUAUUUGCUUGAAAUCGUACCAGUAACUGUGAUAAAAAAAAAUUGUUUUGGGAAAAUAUUCGCCUAUAAGACGCACCCAAACUUUGGCGGUAAUUUUUAAUAGAAAUUAGGAAUUUCUUGAAAAAAACGGUGCGCCUUAUAACCGAAUAACUACGGUAUCUCAUAAUGAGCACUAUAUAUACAUAUAUAUGUAUAUAUGUAUAUAUACAUAUAAAGGGGUGUGCGUGUGUGUGUGUGUGUAUGUAUUUAAAUCCCUAUACUAAAUAUACAGGAUGAUCAUUGGAUAUGCAUGUAGGGAACACUGUGGAGUGUUCAAUUAAGAUCUAAGUGCCACACACUUAACCACAUGAAUAUUUGUUCAUAUCGCGAUAUAUCUGUUUUCUCCGUCGAUCGGGUGGUUUCCUAAAGCGAGAUCAUGAUAUUUAAUAAGUUUAGAUGAUAAAACAAAGUAUUAUGUCAACAGAAAUGCCGAAGGUCGAGUGGAAUCGUUACAUGAGGUCACACAACACGGGUAAUAUUCACGGUGAAAAUUUGCAUAUUUGAGCGGUCAAACGAAAGAAAUCAUUUCUCGAAAACUCAAAUAAAUUUUUACAAAAAAAACUACAUUAAAAUUAUUAGAACAUCUUGGGCUACAAAAUAUGAAAGUAGGAGUGAAAACGAAUUUUGGGAGACUUGCCACAAUAUUUCAAAUUUGUUCGAUGGAUGCUGACAUCCUCUCUUUCAAAACACUUAAUUUAAGAGGCUUUAUUACUUCGUAUUAUCAAAGUAAUAGACUGCGUCUAAUUUUGUUUUCCAAUAGCACAGCACAAGGGAGACGUCAGGAACGCAGCGACAAGCGGCAUGAAAUUUCGAUGAUAUCGAUACGGUGGAAGCCCUUUCUAUCAGAGCUAUAAAUAGAAAUGACUGAUACCACAACAACAACAAUAAUAAUAAUAAUAAGGAUUUUUAUAGCGCCAUCCGUACCCGCAUGCUCAUGGUGUUUUACAACUGAGACCGAAAAUUUUGUGGAUUAAAGCAUUACAUCAAUAAUAAAACGCAAAUCUAUAAAAGUACAAGUUAAAAAUUUGUAUCUAAAAAUUAAGAUUAAAAAUAAAAGUAAAAAAUUAAAAAAUUAAAAUUCUAACCGAACUUUAAUCACGAUGUUCUUUGGAUAAGAAAGUCUUUAUAGAAGUUUUAAAUUUUGAAAUAUUAUCGUGAUUACGUAUAGGUUCUGGCAGUGAGUUCCAAACUGUAGGUGCUGCAAAUGAGAAUGAUGUACAGCCAUAUUUCUUCAGUUUUGCUGAUGUUAUUGUCAGGAGCCUCUUAGAAGAAGAUCUUAAGCUUCUUGAUGAUUUGUUGGUCGGCAACAUUUCUGUUAUAUAGGAAGGUGCUGACCUUUGUAAGGCAUUAAAGGUUCAUAGAAGUAUCUUGUACCUCAUACGGCUAUACACGGGAGGCCAGUGUAACUAUUUGAGAAUUGGCAUGAUAUGAUAGUGUUUCCCGGAACGAGUUACAAAGCGUGCAGUACAGUUUGGACAGUUUGUAGACGAUCAAUCAGAAAAUGAGGAAGGUCAGAGAGCAAUGAAUUAUAACUAUCUAAUUUAGAGGAAAUAAAAGCAUGAACUAAGAUUUCAGUGUGCUUGUGAGAGACUCUCUUUUUUUAGCUAUAUUCCUAAGAUGAAGAAAACAAGUGUUACAUAUGGCAAUGACGUGUUCGACAACAGUCAUUUCUUGAUCAAAGACGACUCCGAUGUUCCUAGCGGAACAUUGAAUACUUGGGUGGUCUCAAUGGUCGGGCGUGGGCGAUAGCUGGCAUUCAGAAUAAAUAGCUCGGUUUUUCCCGUGUUUAGCUUCAGUUUUUUUGGACCAACCAGGAAUCGAUGUGACUCGCUCAUGCUUCUAUACGCACUAAAGAUGACUGUUGCUUGGCUGUAGCGGGCCUAAAAGCAAAGUAAAGUUGGGUGUUAUUGGCAUACAGGUGAAACUUGAGACCAUGAUGUCUCACAAUAUUGCCCAAGGGGAGAUGCACAACGAGUACAGGAUCGGUUCAAGGAACGAUCUCUGUGGAACACCAAAUUGAAGGUCUUUUACAUCAGAUUGUACACCAUCAGUCAUCACGAACUCGGUUCUCUGUUGUGAAGGUAGGACUCAAACCAUUUCAGACCUGUCCUCUAAAACCAAAGAGACUGCACAGUCUAUCUAAGAGUUUGAAAAGUUUUCUAUCAAUCUUGAAUUGAUCUAUCGGAGAGUGGGAGAAGUAGAUAAUACAAGAUUUUAAAGUGAAAGAACAACAACAACAACAAAACAAUUAAAACGCGUCAGGGAAUUUCACCAUACAUGGUGUCAUACGCUUUCUGGAUGGACUAGUCUCUGCACUAUCUCCACCAACACCACAUUCGAAUAUUCCUCUGAGAUUGGGAUGACCUACCCAUUUGUGCGUUUGAAAAGGUGCUUAAGUUCAGAGCUGGAUUCAUGGUGUCGUCUUGGAGCGCUUUGAAUCCAUGCACCUGCUUGAUAUUUACGAGGAUCUACCCAAAAAGCUUUGGAAAACCAUUACCAAUCUUCAAUUGA